CGACACGUCGGCAGCCCUAGGUGUGGGAGAGGAAAGUUUUUUUAGUUGGACCGAAAGUGAGCGAGAGCAAGAGGAGGAGAGACAUGGCGUCGGCGUUGAUGAGGGCGAGGCGAUCCGCGGCGCUGCCGUCGGCGGUGAUGGCCGUCCGGCGGACCUUCGCGGCGGUCUCCGUGGGGUGCGACAUCGUCUCCGCCGCCCCCGGCGUCGCCCUCCAGAAGGCUCGCAACUGGGACGAGGGCGUCACCUCCAAGUUCUCCACCACCCCUCUCAAGGAUAUCUUCCAAGGGAAGAAAGUUGUCGUCUUUGGAUUGCCUGGAGCUUUCACUGGUGUUUGUUCAGCACAGCAUGUGCCUAGCUACAAGAACAACGUUGACAAGUUCAAAGCUAAAGGGAUUGAUUCUGUAAUUUGCGUGGCUGUCAAUGAUCCAUAUGUUCUGAAUGGUUGGGCAGAAAAUCUGCAGGCGAAGGAAGCAAUUGAUUUUUAUGGUGACUUUGAUGGGAGCUUCCACAAGAGCUUGGAGUUAGAUAUGGAUCUUUCAGCUGCUUUGCUUGGACCUCGUUCUCAAAGGUGGUCAGCGUAUGUUGUUGAUGGCAAGAUAAAAGUGCUUAAUGUUGAGAAAGUCCCUUCAGAAUUCAAGGUUUCUGGUGGUGAGGUAAUCUUGGGUCAGAUUUGAUCUGUUUAGGGGUUUAUGCGUGUUUGACUGUAAUAUGCUUCUGGGUGACAAAUAGAAAUCUUCUUAAUAAGUGAAACUUGUGAAGGGAGCAAUGAACUCUGCCGCCAAAUUCUUGUUCGAUUUGUUAUAAUAACUACAUCAAUCAUGAUACGUUUUUCAUUGUUGAUGGCA